AUGGCUGUCUUUUGCGGGAAACGCCUGGCGGACCCGAACGCGGGUUCCCAUAUUGAGAGCGAGGCCACACGCCACUCGACCAAACGUCCCUGGUCGGCGAGAGGCAAUCGGUCCCACUAGCCAUCGCUUGGUCCAGUGUUGGCUUGGGAGGAGAGACUGGCCGUUUGACCUCCCGAUUGUAGUUUGACCCGCGGCGCCAAAACCAUACGUCAUCCUUCCAUGGCCUUCUAGAACUUCUUUUUGCGUCAUUCUUCUUCAAUUGUAAUGCUAUUUACACUAAUUUAGUUUAUUGAAUGAUAGUAUAGUAUACCAUGAAGCUUCUUUCAUCAUUGUAUUCAUAAUUCAGCGACGAUCUUUUCUUUCAUGCUGCAAUUUUUUAACGGAAAAAUAUUAAAGCUUCUUUAGUGUACUACAUGCUAGUGUGUAUAGGUUGAAGCAUGUCUUCUUUCUGAUUAAUCAAAUGAUAGUGUUUUAUUCGAGAUGUAAAAUUAUUUGUACUUUGUUUUUUUAUUCAUUUUUUUAAAUUUUCAGAUCGUUGGGGUCCUGACGACAUGAAAGAAGUCGAUCCGGUUCUUGAUUUGGAAGAAGUCCUGCGAACAUUCAACUGAAAGGUUUCCAAUUCUUUACGAAAGCUUCAAUGAUGUAUUUAUUUUCAUGUUCCGUUGGCAGUCCCACAGCUCGGCUUUUCAUAUGGAAAGAUGAGUUAUUCUUUUCAGUUGAAUCAAAUAAUUUUCAACUAGUAGAUCGAUUGGUGUGACGAAGGAAGUGAUGGGUGAAUGGAUGGAUUUUAAUUGAGAGGAAAAGAAGCGAAGAUCCACAAGCCUCGGAAGCCUUGAAGAUUCUGCCGCCGUCCAAUCUUUGAGGUAUAUUUUUAUUUUAUUGUGAGCCUAGUUUUUAAAAAGAGUAUAUGAUAAGAUUGCAUCACUUUUUCAAAAUUUGAAAAAUUAUUCAGGAAAUUUUUCGCGACAUGGAUGAGCUGAUGAUCAUUCCGUUUCGAAAACAGUUUUCAAAAAGUGGAUAAGUUAGUGGCUAUUUCACUUGAAAUUUAAAAAAAAAGUGUCGCUAUGUAUUCCAUGGUGCGCAGGGUAUCAGUCUUGCUUUUUUUUGACUUCUCUUUUUUCUUCAGGAAUUUUUGCACUUCCACACUUUGAGAUACAUUUUUCUUAUGUGAACACAACAAGAAAACUUUACCACAGAUUUUUUUUCAAGUGUUUAUGGUGCGAAAGUUUCUUUUUCUUUUUGUAAACGAAUUUAAGAUCGAAAAAAUUCAGCAAUCUUGUCAUAUACUCUCCACGGCCCAAUCUAGAGUCGAUAUAGGUUUUUUCAAACAAUUAAUCUUGUAAUUUAGGCAUCGAUGAAUGUAUAGGGCGACGCGGUCUCGCUGCUGAUCGUCUUCCAGUUAUAAAUUUGCCUUUUUUCAAUAAAGUGUUUCUUAAAUCUCCGGAAGUGAACACGGGAUGAUGACCCCAGCGCGACCGCGUCGUAGGGCCUGAUGACUUUUAGGAUUCAGUAGAAUACUUUACUUUGAGCAAGGCCUUAUGCUUCUCAAACUGGCUGAGAUAGUCGAUUAUGUACGGGAAGUUAUGAAAACCGUGGAUGAAAGAAGUUGUAUGAAUAUCGUGCAAAGCUUGCUGAAGGACUUGUUGUUCUGAGAUUUCCAAGCUUGCAUUUCUAUCAAAAAGGGUGAGCUUCUUAUUGGCUUCUGUCAGAAAGAAGAAGGGGGGCUUCUAGCCGGCUCUUUGACAUGGGGAUAUUCGUGUCGAGCAUGACCUCGGUCACUCUUUCCGGAGGGGAGAUCUCAGCCGCUCGGAACCUCUGAGUGGCACUUCGGUCCAACCAAGGAGACUGGUGCACUGUCCCACUCCUCCGUGCUCCUAUACCCAGUCAGUCUCUCUGACUUCAACUUUUUCCGACUCAAACUGCUUGGAAUCUCAGAAAGACUAUACUUUCACAUGACCUUGCACAACAUUUCCAAGUCACUUUUGGGUAUUGAUUAGGUCCGUAAAUCCAGGAGCCAAAAACUUGCAUUGGUGCGCCCAUGGACCUUACUUUCUGUGAUCGAUUGAUCUUGUAAAUCCUCCUUCAAGAGCCGAAACCUAUCCUUGGCGCGCCAUUGCAUUUAUCGAUUCUUUUAGUAAACCCUCUAGGAGCCGAAAACUUCUUUCAUCCAUGGGCUUUCAAGUAGUAUUUCAUAUUGCAUCCUGACUCUGUAUGUCCUUUUCUUCAUUCAUCUCCAAUUGUGCUUUUCUCACUUCGGUCAGAAAAAGAAGGCUUCAACCUUCACGGAAGAGAGUUCUCAGUCACUUGGACUUCCAAGUGGCAACUUCGGCCCAAGGAGAUUGGCGAUUUUCCCACUCUUCCGUGCUUCAAGUUCAUUAGUUUGACCUGUCAGGCUUCGAACUUGAUGGAGAUGAUCAGAAGAGAAAGACUUGUACAUCAGAGAGUAUCUCAGCCAAUUUGGAGAAGACUUCAUUGCAUGACUUGUGUGUGAACAGAACAAAGUGUGUAGUAAGAAGACUUUAUUGAGAAGCAAAAAAAAAGAUCAUGAUUGACAAGUUGAUGAAGAAGAAGUAGAACUUGGAUGAUUUGCAAUCUGUAAAAGCGUUCUUAAUAUAGCAAUUUGAAUAUAGAAAUGCUGUAUUAAUAAUGCAAUUUGAAUAUAAUAAUGCUGUAAUAAUAAUGCAAUUUCAAUAUAAAAAUGCUGUAUUAAUAUUGCAAUUUGAAUAUAGAAAUGCUGUAUUAAUAUUGCAAUUUGAAUAUAAGAAUUCAGUUUGAAAAUGGAAAAAAUUGAGCCGCCUACUCCUGCUUGCCCAUUUUCAGACAGAAACUUGGAUUCUCCCUGGGAAAGGCCCAAAGUGAUGCCGCUGAAGCAUCCUCUGCCGUGCUGUGA